AUGCCUUUGACGGUCCUCACAGAUUCGGAGGUCCGAACACUCCUCCUUGGCCUCAAGAAACAAGGUACGCUUUCGACGGUCAACGUUACGCUUACGAAUUUCGCUGAUCGCACCUAUCCAGACAUCCUCGACCUGCAGCAGAGUUUGGCUGAUGCGCUACACUACUACUCUACCUCCACGGACCAAGACCACAACGGCUGCUCUUCCUCCUACCAACCACUUCGCACAUCGCUGAAGCGCAGCGAUGGACAGACGACUCUAUUCAUGCCCGCUUCAAGCAACGAUGGACUGGGUUUGAAAAUCGUGACGCUCUCAGAACCAGACUCAGCUUCUACCAAGAAUUCCUGUUCUUCGAACGGCAGCACCUCCUCAGCGCGCGGCUCCCUCGCCUCCUUCGACUCCCUCUCCCUCUCCUCCGCCAGCACCUCUAGCUCCGCAACCGCUGUCUCCGUGCCUCCCGAUAGUAUCGCAAGCAAAGACAGCACCACGCCCAAAGGCCUCCUCACCCUGCUCGACCGCUCCGGCAGCCCCCGAGCGCUCAUAAACGCCGAAGAAUUAACAGCCUUCCGCACCGCACUCGCAAGUACUAUGCUCUUUAAGAAACGAGCAAACGUACACGAUGUGCUUGUCUUUGGUGCAGGGAAGCAGGCGUACUGGCAUAUACGACUCGCGCUGCUGUUGCGGGGCCCCGAGAUACACCACUUGAAUGUCAUCAAUAGGAGUUUCGAGCGGGCGACGAAUCUGAUGCAGCGCUUGUUCAAAGGAACAGAUGGCACGGCUACCGAUCUCCCAAUGCCGAAGGUACAGAUCAUCACACCUGCCGCUCAGGAAUACGAGAGAUUGCUCAAAGCUACAAUCCGCGCAAGCAGUGUCAUCUUCUGUACCACACCGUCCCUCGCGCCACUGUUCCCGGCGGGCCAUUUGACAAACCCGGAAGGCAGGAAGAAGGGAAGAUACGUCGCUGCGAUAGGGUCAUACAAGCCACACAUGCUUGAAUUACACCCUGAUAUCCUCAAGCAGAACGUAACGCCCGAUCAUCACCGUCACCACCACAAGCAUGCACUACAAGGCGGCGCAGUCAUCGUCGACAGCGUGGAGGCAUGCCUGAAAGAAGCUGGAGAGGUCAUACAAGCCGGCCUCACCGGGAACGAGGUCGUCGAAAUCGGGGAGCUUAUCAUGUUGAGGAGAGAUGCGGAGAGGAAGAGGCAUGAAUGUCUGGCGAGGAAGAGCAUGGAGGGACUCGACGACACUGGGGUUGAGAUUGGUGAAUGUGAUGAAAGGAAGAAGAAGAGGAAGGGCAAGAAGGAGCAGGACGAUCACAACGGAGACAGGGGCUUGAUGGAUUGGUUGCAGAAGGGGAACGUGAUAUAUAAAAGCGUGGGGCUGGGACUGAUGGAUGUCGUUGUCGGGAGCGAGCUUGUGGCGUUGGCAGAUAAUCGCGGUAUAGGGACGAGGAUUGUCAACUUUUGA